CUCGACUCCAAAUUAUCACCCCAAAAACUCAGGACAAUCCCAGCACAUCUAUAACAAAAGUCCACCCUUCAAGACAUACCCAUGUCCCGGUUCGGAGCGAAGAAGGGCAGAAAGCUGCCCGGCGCAGAAUUUACAUGGGACAAUGACCCAAACGGGGAACCAGACACUGCGCCAACACCCCUCUACCCUAAAUACACCGUCCCCCAAGCCCGAUCCCUAAGCGAGCGCGAACAAAAGCAAGUUGAUCUGUAUCGGGCUCUUCGCGAGCAGUUUCACGAUGGUCCCUAUUACUCUGUUCUUGAUCCGGGAUUGUCGGGUAGGAAGUCGAAGGCGGCGAAACAGCAUUUCGAUCCGUUCCACGGCAUGCCGUCUUAUUCGGGGAAGUAUCAGAAGAAGAAGAGGGCCAUUCCGAAAUUGAGUGGGCGGCCUUAUAUCAUGAAGUUCUUCCCCCGCGACGAUCUUUGGGAGGUCAUUCAGCCAAACUUCAAGGCCGGUGCGGCGAUGGAUGGGUUCGUUGCGAAGAUGGUGCGGCCGCCACUUAAGCGCGGAUUCGAAGAUGAUGACGAGGAAGAUGAAGAUAUCGGGAAGCGACGGAAGACGGGCGAUGAGGAUGACGAGGGUGGUGAGAAUGAUGAUCUUUUGGAGCCAGAUGAUGAGCAGGGUGAGGAGGAGAUUAUGGAUGAUGACUUUGAGGAUGACGAUGAUGAGAUGGGUGGCGACUAUAACGCUGAGCAGUACUUUGACGGCGGCGAUGAUGAGUAUGGGGAUGAUGGAUUCGGGGAUGGUGGUGGCGGCGGCGAUGAGGAUACUUAUUAAAGCGGGAGAACGCUUGAACAUUCUGAGAUACCCUUUUCUUUCUUUCGAAUAUGGUUUCUAUUCUAUGAGCGGUGUUUUUAUAUAUCAUAUAUAUGUAUGUAUGGAUGCAUUUGCAUGGUGGAG